AUGACGGUGACUCAGGCAUGCACUGCAAAGUGUAGCUUUGAGUUUAUCAUAUCGAACGUUGAUAAACUCAAAGGCACAUUCUGCACACCGCCAUUUGCGACUUCAACAGAUCAUUUCUGGCAAGUCAAAUUUGAUCCGAAUCCAAAAGAUAUCCAAAACCAUUGUUCGGUCUUUUUAUGCGCGAUACCCAAUUCAGACGAAGAGUCGUCUAAUACACUAUGGGCGCGAAGACAUAAAGUAAAUGUCAUGAUGUGGAUGAAAGAUGCUGGCGGAUCAUCCAGCUCUCCACACAUUAUUAAUCCGGCCGAGUUGAAAAUGGGAAAUUAUUCCAAGGAGAAGCAAGUAUGGGGUUUCCCUCGUUUUUGUCGAAAGUCGGUCCUUACAAAGAAUAUCAUUAUCGGAAUAUCACUGAGCGAAGCUAAACUGGAUACCGAUAGAACGACAACUCCAUUAUCACGUAAAGGCGUACCAACUAACUUGCUCGAAGCGUGGCUGGGUGAACUGAAUAACAAUGACAUUGCAGACGUUCAGUUUCUAGUACAAGGCAAACAGAUAUAUGCGCGCAGUUUCAUAUUAAGGAAGCGAUCGGAAUAUUUCAACAAAUUACUAAAAGAAGAGGACUUUGCUUAUGGGAUGAGGAUAGUGAGAAAACAACCCGGUCGGCGCAAUGUGCAGGCAAAUCGCGAAGCUGAUGUAGAUGCUCUUGCUUCCCUUGAAUCUAUCGGAUUAUACACUUACAUAAUCGAAGUAUCUGACUUUAAGCCCGAGACAUUUCUGGAAAUGCUUCGAUAUUUGUAUUCUAAUACCAUCACAUUUGAUGAAGAUGAAAAUUCAGGAAGGUCGAUUAUUGAUAUACUCAAGAUUGCUGACAAAUAUUAUCUUGACGAUCUCAGGCAAGUAAUCAUAUCUGAAGUAUCUAAAAGAGUAAAGAAAGCAAAUGCAGCAGAAACACUCGGUGAAAUUGUGUGGAAAGUCCCUGGAUUCAAACAAGAUAUGAUCGAUCUCGUAUUAAAGGCGUUUCCAGAGGCAAAGGCAGUCCAGGUGUUGCAGCAAGUCAGCAAAACAAUUACAAGAAAGAAACAACAACAUGCUUUACAAACAAUAGGAAAGAAAUCGUAUAAGAAAUAUGUUGAAUAUUGUAGAAUGCAGAUGAUCGAAGCCGAUGAUCCAAGCAUGGUGAAAGUGUGGGCUGAAAAGACCGUAGAUGCCCAAGUAAUUUAUUCCUUGGUUGACCAUAACGACGAAUGGUGGCCCAAAUUAGCUGGACUAACGAUACAAGAAGCCCAACCUAUAGUCGACGAUUUUAACAAGGAAAAGUCAAAAAAGGGAGCUGAAAAGAAAACUCCUAAAUCUCGACGGGAAGAACCUAUUAGGGAAGGCGUAGAAUGGUCAUCUGGUUCGUCUGGUCCCAGUCGACAGCGUCGUCCUGUAUAUGAUAGCCCAGCCGAUGUCUCGUAUGAACGGUCCGCCGCCAAACCGUCUAGUCGCAGCGAGAGUCGCGAUAGAGCACGAAGCGAUAGCCGUGCUACUAGUAGGUCUUCUACAUCUCGUCGACUUAGCCAGGAUGGAAUGUCGUUAUCUAGUCUUCCAGAAUCCUCUAGCCGGUCGUAUCAAUCACGGCAGACGAGUCGGGAUAGAAUGUCUUCCUCCACUUGUCCGAGAUCACCCAGUCCGCAAAGUCGCCAUGAUAGGAUGUCCACAUACGCAAGAUCCCCCAGUCCUUACAAAAAGGAUCGUGGCUCGCCUGUUAACUAUGGACGGCCUCUUAGUCCAUACACAGACGAGCGUGAUUCUUAUUAUGGUUAUAGCAGAUCUCAUAUUUCAUACGCCAAAGAGCAUGUACCGCCUGUUAGUUAUGGUAGAUCUCCUAGUCGAUCUAGUGAUCGAGAUAUAGCCUUUGAACAAGAAGCAGGAAGGGCGAGUGUUGUUCAGUCAUCAAAUAGUCGUUCAGUCAAGAGUGAAGCAUCUUUUCGUGAUAGUAGAAGUCUCGAUCAGAGUUAUCAUUAUCGAUUCGAAAGCGUCCCUAAAUCCUUCACAUUUAUGGAAGGGUUCGACGACUUUCUUCUAACAGGAUCUGAAUCUCCUAUAAAUAGUUACCCAUCCACGCCCCAAUCUACCUCCUCUUUAUCUGAUUGUGAGACAUCAUCUACAACAACAGACUAUUCCGAGAUUUUACUCUCCGUAGUAGUAGAGUACUCUCCUGGAAUAGAAUACGAAAGGGAACUGAAUAUAUGCCGCAAAUGCCUUCAACAACUCACCGGUGAAUACUAUUGUCCUCCUUGUUAUUCUGCGCGUCUAAAGGACGAUUUCUCCAACUGGACAAGCUGUCAUGAAAUCAUUGACGAGUUUAUCCGUGAAACACAACUCAAUGCCACUCAAAGAGAUGAAUUGUUAGAAUGGAUUCCGUACGAUCAAUUGGACGAAGUUAAAUAUUUGGCAAGAGGAGGAUUUGGAACUGUUUAUUCUGCUAUCUGGAAGGAUGGACCCAUCAAUUAUUGGGACGACAAACAAGAAAAGUGGUUGAGGAGGGAAACGUAUAAAGUGGCAUUGAAAGAUAUCAGAUCUGAUAUAACGGCUUUCGUGAGAGAACUUAAAACGCAAUACUUAUGCAGCACGCGUACAUCUACUCAACCUAAACCUAGAGUCUUAUGGAUUCUCGGCAUCACCCAAGACCCGGCGACUAAAUCCUAUCUUCUCGUAAUGCCGUAUGCCAAAUGUGGCGACCUUCGUCGCUUUCUCCGCAAGAAUUUUCCCACCUGUACAUGGACGCAACGCAUAACUAUGCUUUACUAUAUUGCUCAGGGAUUGGAUGACAUUCAUUCAGCUGGAUUGAUCCACAGAGACUUUCACACUGGUAACAUACUUCAAUUGUCUAACAACUAUUCGUACAUAGGAGAUUUAGGGUUGUCCAUACGUGUUGACGCGGUUCAAGAAAAGCAAAAGAUUUUUGGAGUAAUUCCAUAUAUAGCUCCAGAAGUUUUCCGUGGACAGGGAUACAGCAAAGCAUCAGACAUAUACAGUUUUAGCAUGGUGAUGUGGGAGAUCGCUACUGGUCGUCCGCCUUUUGGUCGAGUCGCUCAUGACGAGUACUUGGUCUUUGCCAUUUGUGAAGGGAAGAGACCCGAGAUCGGUUGUGGUAUUCCAAAGUUUUAUGCAAAAUUAAUGGAGAAAUGCUGGAAUGCUGACCCAGAGAAACGACCGAGCUGUAAAGAGGUUAUACGAAUUCUAUGGAAAUGGCGUACCGCUAUUGAUAGAGAUACUCCUCCCAUCGCAAACGAGAUUAAAAAUGUUGAAGAGUAUAGGCUGAGAAAUAUCGGAAAGGAGAUGCAAAGUAUUGAACAACCCACACAUUCAGAAGCAAUGUAUAGAAGUAGACGGAUGGUGUUAUCGGAUAAUGAUGACGGCAAGAAAAGUUUGAAAGUUGGCAUUGAACACCAUGACGAUGUUGAAGACGACCAAAGCACACCGCGCCUCCCAGUGGAACAUCUGGACAGUUGCGUUAUUGGAUGGGAUGAGAAAAUUACCCUACGGGACAAGGAUAGUCCAGUACCGGAACUCAGUCCAUCCAGUACCUCGUGUUAUUCAACGGCAUCUUUACACACAGGAAUGUCUCCGUUUUUGGCCAAUGUAGAUCUUAAUAGUGAAGAUCCCAGCAAGAUAGGCUCAAAAGUCCAAAACGAGAAUGUGAUGCAUACAGGAUUAACAUCCAAAAUAUCUGGAUUUCCGGAUUUAGAAGAAAUUUACCAAGCUGACACUGCCAACAAAAAACUAAAAACGCAAAAUUGUGAAUGA